AAAGAAAUAAUUUUAGAAUACUCAAACUUUGAGUAAUAGUUCUACUAACUUUAACAUGUAAAGUUGCUGUAACAAAUUGUUCGUUUUUGAGUAACUGGAAAUAACAAUUAUUGAUUUCGAAGAACUUUAUGGCAGUGUGACGUACGUGACGUCAUGGCGCACGUCCUUCAGAGACGUUACGCCACUGAGUUGAUAGGUAAUUUCAAGAUGGCCGUGCAUCGCGAGCGGAGCUGUUUCCAGCUUUCUAAAAGUUGCAGUGGACCAAGUGGAGUUCUGUGAGAAAACAAGGUGAAGUCCUACAUUGUGGUCAACUGACUAUUCAGAAGGCACCUUUUAUAAGGUAAGUUCAAUGAACAUUGAUUUUAUGACCCUUUUCUGGUAGUGGGGAUGAUGCUUGCACAGUUCACAUGCAGUGUCCUGAUGUAUGGUGAGUAUGUACUGAGUUUGAUGUAGGAGGAAUAUUAGUGGUUAGCGGUUUCAAUGGAGUGGAAGUGCAAGUUGUGUGUGGUCACCUCAGACAUACAAGCCCAAUUAUUUAGGCACUAUCGUUUGCUGCAUGGCCAUUGUUCAAGAGUCAGUCCUCUACCAUGUCUGAGUCUUGCAUUUGCACACUCGCAUCAUUUAAUGAAAAUUCACUUGAUCACGUGUCCUCAAAGACAUAUGCAGACCUAAUGCAAUUUGACAGAGCAGGGGCAAAGCACUUUUUACCUGCCCAAACGCCUGUCUCAGAGGGCACACUGUUCAGCCAUUUAAGGCGACAUUUAAAAACUAGACUGCACCAUGCCCAUUUAACAACUGCAACUACAGUACAAAUGUAUAAUCAUUUAAUGCACCCAAAAGUAGGAAGGUGAGGAUAGAUUUAUUUUUUAGCUCAAUUCCCAGUGAACAGUGAUGUCUAAGGGGUGGUGGUGUCUUAUUUUCUGACACUUUGUACUUAAAGGGGACAUACAGUAUUAUGUUAGGCUUUCCAUGCUAUGCAAGGCUUUCCUGCUCAUAUGUUGGUCUCUGCUGGUCUUAUAAACACUCCAACUGUAGAUAGUGUCUCGCUGUUCUCUGUGAGUGACCCAAAUGAUGAAGCAAUGAAAGCACCAGUUCUGAACUAAAGUCUUCACCUGGGCUGCAAGAGGCGAGCAGUCUGACCAGGAGCUGUAGAGCAGUUGAAACCAAGCUAGCGAGAAACGCUCUCCUUUCCCCCUCAUUAUCCUUCUUGGUACUGGUAUUAUGUUCUAAGUGAGCACAGUCCAAAAAGUUAUAUCCAUUGGCAGUGUGUGAGAAUUGUGUAUUAGGCCUACCCCAUGUCGACUUGUGAAAUAAUAGUGUUAAGCUCAAACUGCUCAAGCUCCUACACUCAUUUCCUGUCUCUUGACUGUCCUAUAACAAUAGAGGCUAGAAAGCCCGAAAACAAAUAUUAAACCGUGUUAUAGAAAUAUCCUUCAUAACUCUGGUUGGAUAAGUCAUGUUGAAGUGUUUAUAACAUCACAUUAACAAGCUACAGUGCCUAUAAAAAGUCUACACACCCCUAUUCAAAUGCCAAGUUUUUGUGAUGUAAAAAAAUGUCAGACAAAUAAUUUCUCAACUUUUUCCAACUUGACUAUUAACUACAACCUGUUCAAUGCAAUUGAAAAACUCUAAGCUUUAAAGGGAAAAAUUGCUGUUUUCUUUACCUUUUAGGUUGGUGGCUCCAAUAUGACCUGGAUCUGUAAGUUGUGCGCAGCUGCUUUCAACACAAAAUCAGACUUACUCACUCACUAUAGGCUGCAACACAGUCACUAUUCCAGAAUCAGCCCUCUUCCCUGCCUCUACAGUGACUGCAUUUGUACAUGUCAAACAUUUCCUGCACUGAAAGCACAUUUAUCAAGAUGUCACCCAGAACAACCAGUCAGUCAUUCUCUGCAUAGUCAGGGUCCUGUGAUAUUUAAAUGCCCUUUAUGCACAUUUCAGCAGCCCCUUUCUCAAUCUGCUGUUUUCAGUCAUCUUCGUAGGCAUUUGAAAAACCAUGAAACGGUGCAGUGCCCAUAUAAGGAUUGCUCAUACGCCACAAAUGUGUACUCCUCAUUCAAUACACACCAAAGUCGAGAACACCAAGCAGAUCUUGUGGCAGACUUUCAAACUGAGAUUGCCAGUGAGGAUCCAUGUAAUCUGGCCAGUGCUUCAGAGGAAACUAGUGAAGAAUGCCCUGGUCCGAGCAGGGAAUUGGAGAAUGCGGAUCAUGUUGAGACAGUCAGUCUUAGAAAUCAGCUUAAAAAGUAUGUGUCGUCUUUGUUCUUGAAGAUGCAGGCUAUCCUACAUAUCUCCGACACUGCCACUCAGGAAAUAGUAGACCACUUGAAUGAAGUCUUCUCUCUAUCUGAGCCACUGAUCAAAGAGGCAGUUCAUGAUGUACUUACAAAAAAUGGUCACUGCAUUUCAGAAUCUGCACUAAGUGAAGUUGUUGCUGCUAUCAUGGACUGCAAUGUUCUGUCUACUUCAACUUGUAAAGGUGCUGAGUUGAGUUCCUCAAAGCGCAGAAAAACCUUUAUAGAGCACAACUAUCCUUGUGUAAUGCCAGUGGAGUACCAGUUGGAGCCUGGCCAUGCCAGCAUGUAUGUUCCUAUACUUUCGAUGAUUCAAGAGCUGUUUAGAAGCACAGACAUUCUUAAGAAAAUUUCUGAAACAGAUACUGCAUUCAAUCAAUAUGUUUCAUGCGCCAAUGGCUCUUACUUCAUGGAAAAUGAGUUGCUGUCAACUGGGGAUCUCGUCUUACCACUCCAGUUGUACAUUGAUGAUUUAGAACUUUGUAAUCCGCUUGGUACAUCACGCAAAAUUCACAAGGUGUGUGCUGUAUAUUGGGUCCUCGCUAAUCUUCCACCAAAAUACAGGUCAACAUUACAUGCUAUACAGUUAGCAAUACUGGUAAAAGUGACAGAUCUCCGCAAGUAUGGAUAUGCAGCUGUACUUGCUCCAUUGCUGCGUGACGUUCAUACUUUGGAAGUGGACGGUGUGUUCAUUGAAGGACUUGGCCAAAAUGUCAAAGGCACUGUCUUUUGUGUGUCUGCGGACAAUUUGGCCGCUCAUGGACUAGGGGGUUUUGUAGAGUCUUUCAGAUCAGGCUGUGUUUGCAGAUUCUGCUUGGGCUCAGUUGAACAGUAUCAAGAAUCCGAAGUCAGAGAUGAGAAGUUUGCUCCGAGAACUAAAACCAGCCAUGACCUGCAUGUGCAAACAGUUAAGGUAAGUGACACUUUGAGCAGCCACUUUGGUGUUAAAGGUGGCUGUGUCUUGCAGGAGUCUCUGGAUUACUUCCAUGCUCUCACAGGGUUUCCUCCAGACAUACUCCACGAUCUUUUGGAAGGCAUUGUUCCAAUGGAGCUCAGUCUUUGUCUUAAAGAGAUGAUCCGACUGAAGUACUUCACUUUGGACUUUUUGAACAACAAGAUUACCACGUUCCCGUAUCAACAUGCUGAUAAAGUGAACAGACCUCAGCCUCUUUCCCAGGCUUCUCUUUCUCGGGGGACAAUAGGAGGUAAUGGGCAUGAAAAUGCUACUCUCCUCCGACUUCUUCCGCUGCUUAUUGGCAGUGAAGUACCAGAGGGGGAUCGGGUAUGGGCAGUUUUAAUGGAUCUCAAGGAGGUUGUGGAGCUGGCUUUGUGCCCAUCAUUUACAGAUGAAACUGUGGACUAUUUGGCUUUCAAGAUCAGUGAUCACAGACGGGCACUACUUGACGUUUUCCCCGAGGUAAGGCUCCGCCCAAAGCACCACUAUGUGGAGCACUAUCCUGCCUUAAUUAAAUGCUUUGGGCCCCUCCUGCAUGUUUGGACCAUGCGCUUUGAAGCAAAGCACCGCUUUUUUAAAAGAGUGGUGCAUGACGUGCAAAAUUUCAAAAACAUUUUGAAGACCAUGGCAAUCAGGCAUCAGCAUAUGAUGGCAUACCAUCUUGCUUCACCAUCAUUUUUCAACCCAAACACUCAAGCAACCAGGGUUGACUCUGUUUUGGUUUCAUCACUACCAGAGGUUGCUCAACUACACAUCAGAGAACACACCACUACUGACACAAUCUUUAAGGCCUCAAAAGUGACCAUUGAUGGCACAGACUAUGUCUGUGGAAUGUUUCUGUGUGUAGGAGCAAGUGGUGGGCUGUCUCAGUUCAGCAAAAUUGAGCAGAUUUUACUUUGUAAUAACAAUGUGUCUUUUUUGUGUUCUGAUUAUGAAUCUUGGUAUGUAGAACAUCUACGUUCCUAUGAGCUGACUUUGCAAAAAAGCUUUUCUGUCCACAUACAGUCAAAUUUGAAUGACAUCAUCCCCCUCCCAGCAUACCGUGUGGACGGCGCUCUUAUUCUCACCCCGAAGAGGUUUAUACUUGUAAAACAACAGAGUUAAGCACAAUGACUACUACAUCCCUGCCCAUGUUGCUGAGAGUAGAGCAACCAGACCAGCCACCAAGGAAGCUGAAACUGGGCGCUCGACCUGAUUCUGUUGACUCACUAAUCCGGAUACUAAAACAUGAACUGGACCUCGACCUCGAUGUUGACCUUCUCUACGAAGACCCAGAUUUUGAUGGAAAGCUCACUGCCCUGACCGAUAUUAAUGAACUGCCGCAGAAAGCUGUUGUACACAUUACUUUUUCUCAAGACUCAAGCUCAGUUGCAUCAACAGUGUUGCUCUCUGAUGUCUCGUCUCCAGAGCGUCUGAGCAGGUGGCCGCCAGGGCCUUUUCCAAUCCCAAUGUUCUCAUUCGACGUAGAGCUGAAGCUGAGGGACGGAAAUGCUGAAUAUGAAAACAAGAACACCUACCUCAACUUAACCCGUGACCUGAAGCACAGCAUCUUGGAGAGUAUGGCUUCCACCAUUUAUGGUUUUAAAGCUUAUCCGAGUGACAAGGAAAUUUCAAUGGCCGCCGAGGCUCUUGUGGCCAAACAUCCCUGCUUGACCCAACCAGGGGCUGAAAAGGGCUGGAAUGGGUGGAAGAACUCUAUUAAGUUUAAAAUGGGCAAUUACAGAAACAAGAUGAGACGGGCUGGAUGUCAAGAAGUUGCGGUCAAUUCUGGUAAAAGGAGUAGGAGCCACCCGGAAAAAGAGCCUUCACAUUCGAACAUCAAGCGACCAAAGCGUGCGGAAUUAAAUUUCUUGCCCAACUUUCCUAAAGGAAAGGAUCCGUCACAACUGGAGGAGAUGAGGCAGACAAUUGUUGACGAAUGCAAGAAAGUGGACAAGGACCUGACCCUCAUCCGAAAACUGAUGGAGGCCACAUUCCCUCUACGCAGACAGACGAUCGUUAUGUCCUUCCCUCCUGUGAAUGAGAUCAUGGACCUCUGGCCAGCUCUGAAAAUUGAGUCAGAGUUGUAUGCAGAAUUCCAGCGACUCACGAACCAGAACCUGCCCAAUACAUUUUAUGCUGAGCUGGACCGCCAUCUUCCACGAAUGAUGACUCUAUUCAGGCAGAAGGCUGCCAAAACGGGGAAGACUGCAGAUGCUCUGGCCAGCAUUUUAAAACUUCAUGAUGAGCAGGAAUCCCAUGACAUCCACAGCAGACGCACCACAGCUCUACAAGCCUUGCCUGUAUAUCUGCGUGAUGAUGCGACAGAAUUAUUCAGGACCUGCACAGAUGAUUCUGAUGAACCUGACCUCGACGGUGUUGCUCUGGGCCUUCUCACCUUCGCCAACAAUGAUGCAGGCCUCUACAACGCACUGAGGGUGUCCGUCGUGAUUGAAGGUGCUGUUGUGAUGAGUGUCUCCCGACAUACUGACGCGUUUCUUAUCAUGUUUGGGCUUAUGUACGCUUUGCACCUCAGCUAUCCAAAGGCCUUGAUCAACACCUUUGAAUUUGUCCAAAAAAUCUUGCUUGGCCUUGAUGGUGGGAAACUUUCACCCAAAUUGCAGACCAUGAAAAUUGACUUGUCCAUGUGAGUGUGAAGGGUAGAAGGUAGCCAAGUUGUUUUGAGAAAGUGUUUUAAGGAGGUACUGUUUGAGUUGCUUAUUUUUUGCUUCAGUUGCACCAUUUUUGUGGUUCAGUGUUCAGGGGUACCAAAGUAUUGGUGUACACCAUUCUAGUGCUGAUAAAUGCUUAUCUUAAGUGAUAUUUGGAAUAAUGUGGCAUUGUGUGUGUGUGUGUGUGUGUGUGUGUGUGUGUGUGUGUGUGUGUGAGAGAGAGAGUGAUUGUGUGUGUGUGUGAGAGAGAGUGAUUGUGUGUGUGUGUGUGUGAGAGAGAGAGAGUGAUUGUGUGUGUGUGAGAGAGAGAGAGAGUGAUUGUGUGUGUGUGUGUGUGUGUGUGUAAAUGUUUGAAUGAGGGCAGCUCUCCUUCGUCUGUAUAAAUAUCAACAUGUUGGUCAAAACAAAGCAAGAAAUCAUAACCGCGCAAGUUUAUAGGAAUAGGGGAGCGAUGAACAACUAAAUGAAUGAAUGAGGGCAACUCUUUCCUUCCUCUAUAAAUCGGAAAAGAAAUCUGACAUUGCAACAUGUUGGUCAAAAUAAAUCAAGAAAUCAUAACAGCGCAAGUUUAUAGGAACAGCAAGGGGCAGUGUCAGUGUGUGUAGAUGAAGGAGGAUGGCUGUCUCCACAUCCUCUCACUAACACACACACACUCACUCUUCUGCCGUACAUUCAAAUACUCCUCUUUCUGCCACGGAAUGCUCUUCUCCCUUUAGUGACCACCAAUGCCAUCUUUCAGCACUUGUGGCUCAACUCAGUCCUGGACGAACACACGUGCACACUCACAUAGAGGAAAGCUGACAGUUGGGGGGGGACAAAGGGUUCAGAGAGGGCCCACAUUUGGGUGCGUGUGUGUGUGC